AUGAAUAAGAAAGAUCUUCUGCGUUGGUCAUUGGUCACCUUUGAUGAUCGUCCUGAAACUUAUCAGUCAUGGAAGGAUAGCUUUGAGGUACUUACCCAAGAAUUGAAUGCCAAUCCAAGAGAAGAACUGAAUUUACUGAUCCACUACCUGGGACCUGACUCUAGAAAACAUGCUGUGAGCAUACGAACUGCUAAUCUAAACAACCCACAGAAAGCUCUAGAGAAGUUGUGGAGUCGCUUGGAUGACCGAUAUGGAAGCCCAGUCCUACUUGAAUCAUCUAUAAAAUCAAGAUUGUCAGAAUUCCCAAAAUUGACCGGUAAGGACAGCAAGAAACUAUUUGAAUUGGCAGAUUUGUUAAGUGAAGUGCAGCUGCGGAUGGAGGAUCCUACCCUCAACCGAUCCCUUGCAUAUCUAGAUUCGUCCACUGGCAUGCGCCCAAUUGUUGCAAAACUUCCAAUUAACUUGCAGGAGAAGUGGACGACACGUGCAACCAAUUACAAUUUACAAAACGGGGUGACAUACCCACCAUUUACCUACCUUGUACAAUUCGUGACUGAAAUGAGCCGUAUCCGGAAUGAUCCCAGCUUUAAUUAUCAAGCAACAUGCGAAACCAGUACCAACUGUUCAAAUCGUUCAAACUUUGUGAAUGAUUUCCGACACAGAGACUCUUUUAAGAAAAACAAUGUUCAGGUGAAGAAAACAGCUGUAAACACAUCGCAAGAAGAUUCCAAUAUCAACAUGGGAAACAACUGUUUUUUACACGUGUCCCGGCAUAAGCUCAAUCAGUGUAAGACAUUCCAAAAGCUGACUCUUAACGAACGUAAGAAACUUCUGAAAGACUACAACUUCUGUUUUAAAUGUUGUGAUUCAACCACACACACUUAUACAGGUUGUAGUGCAUUUGUGAAAUGUGAUAUUUGUGGAAACAGAAAUCAUCCUGCAGCACUACACGUCAGUGACAUGUCCACCAAGAGACCAGGUGUUACACGUAGGUCACAUUAUGGCGGGGAGGAAUCCAACAAGUCAGACUGUACACCCAGAUCACAUUAUGACGGGGAGGAAUCCAGGACUAACCUGAGUUCAUGUUGUACAGAACUGUGUGGCAAAGACUUUACAGGGAGGUCUUGUUCCAAGACUAUUCUAGUCAGAUUACAACAUUUUCAACGAAGUGGGAGGCAGGCUUCUGGACUAGUGGUGGAGUCAAACAAUGGUUCCUGUAGAUUACUGCUGCCACGGGUUACAGAGUGCGAACAAAUUCCAGAGGAGGAAAGUGAAAUUCCAACACCAGAUAUUGUUGUUAAAUUUCAUUCACACCUUAGUGGGGUAGAUAUUCCUCCGCUUAACCAAACAGCACAAGUUCUACUGUUGAUUGGUCGAGAUCUACCAGAGGCUCACCACAUUGAAGAUCAACGUACAGGACCACGAGGAACUCCUUUUGCCCAGAAGCUAGCCCUGGGAUGGGUUCUCAUCGGAAACGUUUGUCUUGGAAACCUCCAUCCACCUGCUAGUGUGAACGUCUUGAAGACGACUGUGCAUCAAAGUGGCAGAGUUAGUGUAUUUGACAAAUGUGAAUACAAUAUAUCACUCAAAUUAGAUGAUGAUCCCAUUUUCAGACGCCAAGCAAACGACAAUGAUUUAGGACAAUCUAUUGAAGAUAACCAAUUCAUUGAACUGAUGGAUAAAGCCUUCACCAAAAAUUCAACCGGAAAUUGGACUGCUCCGCUACCUUUCCGGGAAACCAGAGAAAUCUUGCCAAACAACAGAUCAAUGGCAUUGAAACGAGCACUCAUGCUUCAAGGGAGCCUUCGUCGGAACACAACAAAACAAGAACACUUUGUGAGUUUCAUGCAGGGCAUCUUUGACUCUGGUCAUGCCGAGAUUGCGCCUCCUGUUCAACCCGGACAGGAGUGCUGGUACUUGCCCAUAUUUGGGGUGUACCACCCUAAGAAGAAGGACAAAAUACGAGUGGUAUUCGACUCUUCCUGCAAACACGAUGGCAUUUCCUUGAAUGAUGUGUUGAUGUUGGGACCAGACUUAAUGAAUCGUCUUGAUGGAGUGCUCAUGAGAUUCAGGAAGGAGCCCAUAGCCGUGAUUGCAGACAUUCAGCAAAUGUUUUUCUGUUUUCGUGUGGCAGAACCUCACCGAGAUUACCUCCGUUUCUUCUGGCAUCAGAACAACGACCCAGCGCAAGAACUUCUAGAGUACCGAAUGUGCGUUCAUGUGUUUGGCAACAGACCCUCCCCAGCAGUUGCCACAUACGGCCUUCGACGUUGUGUAAGAGAUGACUGUAGUGAAGUGGUGAAACAGUUUGUUACCAGAAAUUUUUACGUUGAUGAUGGUUUGGCAUCAUUUCCCAGUGUGAGUGAAGCAGUUAAUGUUCUAAAGCAAACACAGAAGACACUCUUGGAAGGUGGAAAUUUGAAACUCCACAAGAUUGCAUCGAAUAGUGAAGAAGUCAUGCAACAGUUUUCAACUGCAGAUCUAGCAAAAUCCAUGGAACAGCUUGAUCUAGAUCGAGAUGAUCUGCCUAUACACCACAGCUUAGGUUUGAGUUGGGACCUUGCAACAGAUACCUUCAUCUACAAAGCCUCGGAGGAGCUGAAGCCAUUCACCAAGAGAGGAUUGAUGUCAACUGUAAAUGGUUUAUUUGAUCCACUCGGCUUCAUUGCGCCCAUUAUUCUAAAUGGACGAUUCAUCAUGAGACAAGCUUUCACUGGGAUUGAAAGUUGGGAUGAUCCCUUACCUACAACUAUCAUGGGUGCAUGGAAACUUUGGUUAGAACAACUCAAAAGACUUAAUGGUGUGCAUAUUCCACGGUGGCUACUUUCUGUAUCAUACCAAAUGUGCGUCCACAAGACACUUCACAUCUUUUGUGAUGCCUCUGAAAAGGCAGUGAGUGCCUGUGCCUACCUUCGGGGUGUGACUUCAGAGAAGAUAUCCGUAGGUUUCGUAUUUGGGAAAUGUAAAGUUGCACCAAAAAGUGGACAUACGAUUCCAAGAUUGGAGCUUUGUGCGGCAGUCCUAGCUGUAGAGCUUGGGGAGAUGCUAUCUAGGGAGCUCGACCUUCCUUUAGAGGACAUCAAGUAUUACUCUGACAGCAAAGUGGUACUGGGGUAUCUAUCCAAUGAACGCAGACGGUUCUAUGUUUAUGUAUGCAACCGUGUAUCCAGGAUACGAAAGAGUUCCUCUCCACAUCAGUGGAAUUAUGUAGCUACAGAAGAAAACCCGGCGGACCAGGGAACUCGUGGACUUUUGCCAGAACAACUUUGUGAUAGUUUAUGGUUAAAUGGGCCAGACUUCCUCAGAGGAAACUUAAGAAAUCCCAAUAAUGAGAAGUUCUUUUUGGUAGAUCCAGAUAAAGAUACAGAGAUACGGGCAGAGAUAGUGACUCUAAAGACCAUAUCAUCCAAGUCAACUUUAGGCAUUUCUCGCUUUAACCGCUUUGGGAGUUGGUCGAGUCUAGUGCGUGCCAUAACACUUAUCAAGAGAAGACUCAGUAAGAAAGGAAAUGAAAUAUCUCGUCUAGAUUCAAAAUUGUUAUUCAUCAAAGAGACUCAAAAACAGUUUUAUCAGAAAGAAAUAAAUGCAUUACAUGCUGGUAGACCACUGCCAAGAGACAGCACAAUUCUAGCUUUGUCUCCAUACCUAGAUGAUGGCUUGCUGCGAGUUGGUGGACGUAUCAAUUUAUGUGACUUACCUGUCUGUGAAAAGACACCUAUCCUGAUACCUGGCCAGAGUCAUAUCGCUCGGCUAUUAGUUCGCCAUCAUCAUGAGAAAAUUUACCAUCAAGGGCGUCAUCUUACAGAAGGUGCUAUAAGGAGUGAAGGACUAUGGAUUACUGGAGGGAAACGCCUAGUGUCAUCUAUCAUUCAUCAUUGUGUUACGUGCCGCAAGAUGAGAGGAAAGCCACUUAAUCAGAAGAUGGCAGAUCUUCCUAAAGACCGACUCACAAAGUCACCACCCUUCACCUUUGUAGGGGUAGAUGUGUUUGGACCCUGGACUAUCAUCACAAGACGUACAAGAGGGGGCAGCGCACAUUCAAAACGCUGGGCUGUAUUAUUCACUUGUCUGUACAGCAGAGCGGUCCACAUUGAGGUCAUUGAGGAAAUGACCUCUUCCUCAUUCAUUAACGCCAUGAGACGGUUCAUUGCAAUGCGUGGUGCAGUUUCAGAAUUUAGAUCAGAUAGAGGAACAAACUUUGUGGGGGCUGCUUCAGAGUUAAACAUGAACAUAGUGAAUGUCGAAGACAGCAGAAUGAGGGCAUUUCUGGAGGACAAGCGCAUUGUCUGGAAGUUUAAUCCUCCGCAUGCAUCACAUUUUGGCGGCAGUUGGGAAAGGAUGAUCGGCAUUGCGCGUCGCAUCCUUGACGCAAUGCUUAUGGAUACCAAACACGGGAAACUGACACAUGAGGUGUUGACGACCUUUAUGGCAGAGGUCAUGGCUAUAAUGAAUUCAAGACCAUUAGUACCUGUAUCCAGUGAUGUUGAAGCACCAUUCAUCCUAUCACCGCAGAUGCUGCUGACACAAAAGACCCAGGAAGUACCUACUGAAUUUAAAGAUCUUGAUGUGAAAGACAUGUACCGCAGUCAGUGGAAAAUGGUCCAGGUCAUGGCAAAUACCUUCUGA